GCUCAUCAGUAAAACGCGGGGGUGAGUGGAGUAGUAUGUACUCGGCGAAAAGAAAGAGAAUACGUGCGUCGUUCUUAAAUUUAGGAAGUGUGUACGCGCGCUUUAGAAUCGAAUUAGAUUUUGCAAGGAUUGAUUCGCUUUUGCGCGUAAUCCUUUUCUAAAUCUCAACAAGCAAGACAAACCAACAUACCUGUGGUGGUGACUGCGCGAGCGAGAGAGUGGUAGCUUACAACGGUGUUGUGUUUUUUGUACAACCGCAAACGUAGGAUACUGUAAGUUACGAGUUUAGAUGCAAUGACUGCAGCCUGCAGUGAACCCAGGACGUGCCGCGGGCGUCUCCACACCGACACCGAGGACCAACACUCCACCGCGUCUGCGCUAGGCUCGGCUCUCCGCUAGGCUCGGCUCUCCGCUAGGCUCGUCUGCCCCCUCGCCCGCUUCUCUGUGCUGCCAUCUGCCCUCCGUUUGCCACCUGCCUCUGCCACCCUCUGGCCAGGAUGGCCCGGUCAGCCUCCCUUUGGGCUGUCCUCACACUGCUGAUUGUGUUCGGGUGGCAUCAGGCCAAUGCCAUCCCAAGGGUGUCCUUCCCACUUGAUAGCCCUGGUAGAUCAUUAACCCAGUUUACCAGUCUAGAGGUUGGCAACACCACCACCCUGUUGCUGAGCAGCGAUGAGGACACGCUAUUUGUGGGUGCGCGCAAUGCCAUCGUCUCAUUGGACAUCAGUGAGCCCAGGGCUGUUGUGAUGAAGAACAAGUUGGACUGGUCACCAACAGAGAAAGACUUAAAUGACUGUGCAAUGAAAGGCAAGAAAAAGGCUGACUGCCCCAACUUUGUCCGUGUUCUCCAGGUCCUAAACUCCACCCAUAUGUACGCCUGUGGAACCUUUGCCUUCAGCCCGCGCUGCACCUACAUUAACUCUGAGACAUUCUCAUUGGUGCUGGGCCCUACUGGUAAACCUGAGGAGGGUAGAGGUCGUUGUCCUUACGACCCUUACCAGAAAAACACCGCCAUCACCGUGGACGGAGAACUCUACACAGGCACAGUAGCAGACUACCGGGGCAAUCGGCCGGUCAUCUCCCGGCACCUGAGUGAGGGCGGCCAUGUUGACCUGAAGCUGGACGACACUCUUGGCUGGCUGGAGGACCCCACCUUCAUCAGCUCCAGCUACGUGCCCAGUGAAGAGAAGGUGUACUUCUUCUUCAGCGAGGUGGGACGAGAGUACGACUUCAUCGACAAGCUCACAGUGUCCCGCGUCGCACAAGUCUGCACGAGUGACGUGGGUGGACAGCGGACCCUGCAGCGGCGCUGGACCACCUUUGCCAAAGCCCAGCUCCUGUGCCAGUCGCAGGGGGAGCUGCCAUACAACGUGCUGGAGGACAUGUUCACCCUCCAGCCACUAGAGGGAGCUCCUGAGGAGGACACACUCUUCUACGGCAUCUUCAGUUCACAGUGGUCCGUUAACUCCGGGCGCUCAGCUGUGUGUGUGUUCAGCCUCGACGACAUCAAGGCCGUGUUUGCGGGGAACUACAAGGUCUUGAACCGCGACACCCUGAGGUGGAGCACCCGGGUGCAGGAGAAAGUGGCCAACCCUGGCUCAUGUGGCCUGCACAACGCCUCAGACAACACGUUGCGCUUCGUCAAGGAGAACUUCCUGACCGACGAGAGCGUACAGCCCAGCGGCCAGAGGGUCAGCAUGGUGUCGCCCGACUAUCGCUAUAGCAACAUCGCCGUGCAGAGGGUGCGCUGCGCCAAGGGCAAGAACUACACCGUGCUUUACCUGCUCACAGAAUCGGGCUACCUGCACAAAACGGUUCUGCUGGAGAACGGACCUCACAUCAUAGAGGAGGUGCAGGUGUUCCGCCAGCCUCAGCCAGUCAAGAACCUCCUGCUGUCCUUAUCGAAGGGUUCCUUGUUUGUCGGCUCGUCUGAGGGAGUGACGGAGGUCCCCGUGGCCAACUGUUCGUUCUACUGGAGCUGUGCGGAGUGCGUGCUCGCCCGAGACCCCUUCUGUGGCUGGGAUCCCUCUCUGCGUAUUUGCACGGACAUCACAAGCAUCCAGUCUAACGCGGCCCAGGACGUGGAGAAAGGCAAUGUGCAUGAGAAGUGCAAGCCCCCAGCUCCUAACCCCAGGUCCAGCUUCCCACCUCUUCGCCCCCCCACAGGUGAGCUGGUUCCGGUUUCUCUGAACGAGGUGGUCCGGCUGCAGUGCCCCGAGGCCUCGCGGCUUGCCCGCCGCCACUGGGAGCGGCCCAAUAGCCGCCUGUCGCCGGACCUCUACCUGCAGCAGGACGACGGUAGCCUCCGCUUCUUGGCCACGCCCAUCACACUCGGCCACUACCUGUGCCUGUCGGUGGAGAACGGCUUUCAGCAGGUGCUGGCCGUCUAUCAGGUCAAGCAGAAGAGCAGCAGCAGCAGCAACGGAGGUGGAGCCAGCGGCGGCGUCCCCACGAGCCAACCGGUGAGCGCUGGACCGACGACGACGCAAACCACGCAGGGUCGCCAGCUGCCGGCCACGUCGGCCUGGGGACCGCGGAGGACCGAGGGCAAGGCGAGCCGAGGCCGCCAGCCGCCACCACCGCUCGCGCCCACACUGUCGCCGCGGGAGACGGCGGACGUGACGCCGCGCCAGGAGAGGAACUUCACCUUCUGGCUGAACCCGGUGCUGCAGGCCGAGGCGGACGCGAAGCCGAGGGACCGCCUGCCCACCAAGGGGCGGGCAGGAGGAGAGGACGACGGAGGGGAGCAUCAGCUGCAGACCACCACGGCGUGCUACCUGCAGGAGCUGGUGGUGGUGUCGGUGCUGCUGGUGCUGAGCGUGAGCGUGCUGCUGACCUUCGGCCUCUACGGCAUGAGGCAACGCUGCCACAGCCGGACCGCGCCCCAAGGCUGCUCGUCGCGGCGCGACGCCGAGAGAGGGGGGGCCGGCAGCAACGGAAACGCGGCCGGGGGGGGCGGCCUCCACGCCGCAGGAGAGGGAGUCCCUGAGGGCGUCGCCGCGGGAGACGAAACGCAACGGGCAGGCGCAAAAUGGCCAGGCGCAAAACGGCGGGAAGACCCUGUGCAACGGCGUGACCAACGGUUCCAACGGGCACCUUCCCAACACGCCCAUAUGAGGGCGCCGUGGAGCACAACAUCCCAUCACUCAGUACUUUUGUUAGUACCUCCCCUGCACCCCUAGCACACGAUGGAACCUCAUGUACGCAACGUUGCACUGAGCCACAGAAAGACCAACCCCCAAUCCCCCCCCCCCCCUUUAAUGCACAUACGCACAGCCUGCUUUACACACACACACACACACACACACUUACACACUUUUCCUACAAACAACCACCACCUGUGGUGGGAAAAAGAACAAAAACUUCCUUUUGUAUUUCAGAGAAUAAACUCUCAGAGAAAGAAAGUAGCAGAGUGGACCUUUCAACCAAUCCAGAUUUAAAAAAUCGCUUCCUCUCUUUUCUAGUCUUGUCUGACUGACCUCACCGUUGAGAAUACUGGAAUAACGAUUAUUUUCUUUCCUUGCAUACCUGUGUAAAUUCUGUGCGUGCGCAUAUUUAAAUGUAAGUUAAAUGUUCUGAAAUGUAUGUGAAUGAAUGUAUAUGAAAGGCACUAGCGGUACACUGCCUACCCCCAAUCAAUGUCCGAGUGUAGAGAGAAACACCGAUAACCGUUAACUUCGACGAAAGAGUGAUAUCAAACGUUGGUACUGUGUUUGUGCUUAAUGAGCAUACUUAUUGUAUUAAUUAUCCACAAUCAAAAACUUCAGCUAUUCUUCGAAACUUCAGUCAGCUAUUCUUUACCAACACUUAGUAUCAAAACAGAAAUUAAGGAAUAUCUUCUUCACUGAGUGUUCUAGAAACCACUGACAAAGCUAGAGCAACAUAUUAUGUUGAUGUAAUGAAUCCGCACUUUGGAUCAGAACACCUUAAGGGUACCAUCAAAAUGGCCAUGGAAAGGGUGUUUUAUCACAGCAUGCCAACAGGGACACAUCUUCCUGUCCUUCGACUCCCAGACAUGAGUGAGGCUCCACAGCAUAACCACUUUUCUAGCUUUAUUUAUUUUGCAAAUAUUUUAAAAUGUUUCAUCUCUGCUGCCAAUGUAAAUCAUCUGCUACAUCUUCACGUUCAUCAGUUCAGUCAUUUUCUUAUCCGUUGCUCACAGUGGCUUAUGGUUGAAGGUCACUGUGAAGAAGACUAUAGUGGGAAUUGGUAUCCUACUUGCCUCUUUAUUUGAAGAGGUGCCACCACUUUGGAAAUCAUGCUUCAAUUGUGCUCUCUGUCAUGCUGCUCAGAAAUCGGUACGAAUUUCUCAAGAUGUGGUUAGUGAUGUCAAAUUGGAGCGUUUGUUUGUUCUGUAUUUGUUGUUGUGUGCUUUCACUCUGCUCACGUAUUUGAUGUCACAAUGAGGCACAGACUGGAGUAGAAUCCACAAAUAUGAAUUUCACCUGGAAGAUGUGAGAUUGCCAAAGGCGAACAUUUCCUAAAUGUAUCGGUACAAAGACUUUAAACUAUUGCAACCACAUGUUAGACCGGCAUAAUAUCUUCUCUUUUUUUUGUUCAGUGAGAAAUUGUUUGGAAGUGACUUACAUCUGAACACAAGGUACAGAUCAAAAUCAACAGACCACUGUUAUUUCUAAAGAGUUAUUUUGUCUUUAUUUUUUUACAGUGUUUAUCUGAGUGUUAAAAUAAAAACAAAUGCUGUCCUUUCCAUUUUGCAACCA